UGCAAAAGCGGCCAGGCGAUCCGACAUCCGACUCACGCGAUGCCAGCUAGGCGUCGAAGAUUCCUGAAGCUGUCAUACGCCCUGACGCUCGCUGCCGGUGCGCUUGCACUCAUCCUGGCGCUCGUUGCCACCGAGGCGCUGCUGCUGCCGAAUGCCAGCGCCCGGCACCAGUCGCUGCUGCCUGUCGCCUCUGCCGCACCUGUCCCUGCCGCACGCAGCAUUUCGGCGGCGGCGGCGGAGGCGGCGGCGGGCGCCUUCGCCCUGCUCUCGCGUGCUGACAGCGACAGCCUGCCCGCCCGGCCUCCGUCGCUCAGCUUUGAGGCGCGGGCGGCGCCAAACAUCUCUGUGGUGGUUCCGUGCUACGGGCAUGUGCCGUACCUCGAGCAGACGCUAAUGUCGGUGGUGACCCAGCGGUACCCUCCCGCCGAGAUCCUGGUCCUCGACGACGGCUCGGAGGAGCGCUGCGGCGACGCCGCAGCGGCAAUGCUCCGCAGGCCGGCGCUCGCGCGGCCGCGCCGCAGGCAAGUGCUGACGCUGGUGGGGUGGUGGGGGUGGAGCAGCGCGGACCUGGCUCGCUUCGAGGACGAGGUGGUGGUGACGCCGAACCGCGGCGUCGCCCACGCGCGCAACGCCGGCAUCCGCCGCGCACGCGGCGACUGGAUCAUGUGCCUCGACGGCGACGACACCGUCUCGGACAGCUACCUCAUGCGCGCGAUGGAACAGGUCGCGCUAGUGCCGCGCACCAACCUCGUGUAUGCCAACCAGCAGUUCUUCGACGGCUCGCGCUGGCAGUGGACGGUGCCGCCCCUCCGCGCCGACAACGCGCUGGUCAACGGCCCGCUCCCGCUGAUGACUCUGUGGAGAAAGGAGCGCGGGCUAGAUGCCGAGUCCGACCUCUGGCUAGCGACGCCGCACGGCUUCGACGAGGCGCUCCCAAAGGGGCACGAAGACUGGGCCUUCUGGCUGCAGCUCACGGAGCGGCCGCCGCUCGACUCGGUUCUGUGUCCGACAGCUCGCUGCGUCUCUGAGAUUAGGCUGCAGCUGACGCGGCUGCCGCUGCUGCCGCACAAGCUGGACGACUUCCUCACCCAGUACCGCUACAAGAAGGACUCCAAGAUGCGCACGCGAGAGCGCAACAACCCGGAGGCGCCGCGGCUCCCCCGCCUGCACGAGAGACGCCUCCCGAGACCCUCCCUCGAGCCGUCCUGCAGGUACCCGGUGCGCAAGCUGCUGAUCGACCACCACGAGCUGCUCAAGCCAGCCGGCGAGCCGGGCCAGAAGCCGGGCAUCACCGAGGCGGUCGUCAUGGACGUCUCCGUCUCGCAGCACCUCCACCCCACCCGCCCGGAGCCGCACCUCUGGUCGGGGAUGAUCCUGCAGGCAAAGGGCGACCUGGCCGGCGCGGCGGCCGCGUACAACGCCUCCGCCGCGCUCGCCGCGCCGUACGAUUGGCAGGGCUCCUACCGCCUCUGGCGGGCGCUGCUCCUGCUCGGCGACGGCGCCGCGGCGGCGCGCGAGGAGGCGGCGCUACGCCGGCGGUGGGGCGACGCGCAGAUGCGGUGGUACAGCACAGACGCUUAUGGUGGCGUACUGCCCGCCGCGUCGGAGUGA